AUGUUCCGGCCGCCGAAUGCCUUUGGGGUGCCGCCCCCCUUUCCUCCUCAGCCUCAACCAUGGCAGUGGCAGCAACCGCCCCCGCCCCCGCCUUCGCCUGCGGUUACCUUUUGGCAGCGGGACAACGUGCGGGAUCACGUGAGGAAGCUGCAACAAACCGUUGAGUUAUCAACUGCACUGAUAAAAGAGAUCGAGGAAAUUGCAGUGGCCAGAAAUUCUGGUGAUGCUGCCACGCAGGAAUCUGCUUCGUCUUCGGCAGAAUUGCCGCCAGGGUCUGGUGAUUCUUCAGAGGACAAGCCCCUCCGUUUUGUUGAGCCAGCUAGGUCCAUGGGGAUUAGUCAGGACACUCAUGAGUCGAUGACAACCGAUGCAGCCAAUUACCUUUGUCAUCAGCUUCAGCAUCUUCUUGGGCCUAUCUCUUCCGUGACUAGCCAAAGUGGCCCUUGGGAGGAGAGAUCAGCGAUGGUUAGGUUGACUCAGAAGCUGCAGAAAUAUAAGAGAAAUAAGCGGUGGAGGCAGAGGAGAAGGAAGCAUGUCGCAGCGCUUUUUCAGAAGGAGCGCGCAGAUUAUGAUAGAAUUGAUCAGGAAGCUGAUGAAUGGAGGGCUAAGCAAAUAGCCAAGAACAUUGCAAAGCGGAAGGUGGAAAGCAUGCAGCAGAUUGCUAGAAAGAAAGCAAAUGAGGAAAGAAAGCGUCUAGAAUCUGAGCUGGAGCUUGCCCUAAUGGUCGAGAAACUUCAGGAGCUUCGGUCUAUAAGAGUUCAAAAAAUGAAGAAACAAGGUCAUUUUCUUCCUGAAGAGGAUGAUAAAUACCUCGAGCGUGUUAAGGUUGCAGUCGAGGAAGAGGAGCGCCAAGCUGCAUCUGCUGCUCGAACUGAUGCUGUUAAGGAUGCUAUUCUGACCGCUGAGGAAUCAAGGAAGCCUCCACAGAAUGCCAAUUCUCAAGAAGGUGGUUCUGAACAACCUAGUGAACCAUCUGAAGACAAGGACCUGGGAGAUGGCGGGAUAAAUGAGAGAAAUGACCAGGCAAGCCAGAAAACUGAACAUGAAGAUGAAGGCCAUAGAUUUGAGGGAAAAGGGCAUGAACAUCAUGACCCUGUAAGCAGUCUGCCUUUUGAGUUCUACCAUUAUUAUCAUGGAAGUAGCUAUGACAUGGGGACACUCAUUGAGGUCCGUAGAAUGUGGGAUUCUUUCAUCAGACCUGGAGGAAGCCCAAGUAAAUCACCAUGGGUUCGAGAAAUGGCCAUUUCUGCUUCAAAACCACCGAAAUCUUCAUGGCUCCUGCAAGGAAGAGCUCAUCUUCGUGAGCUAGGGGGGAGCAGAGGCGCAGAGCCAGGGAAGAGCUUCACCAAGAGGCGUGCUGGCUGGGGAAGAGAAGUAGAGAAGAGAGAAAGAGCAGAGCAGCAACAGCCGUCACGCACAGGAGCAAAGAAGAGAGAAAGACCAGAGCAGCAGCAGCCGUCACGCACAGGAGAGGAGAAGAGAGAAAGAGCAGAGCAGCAGCAGCCGUCACGCACCGGAGAGAAUGAGAGAUGGGAACCCUAG